AUGGCGGAACUAGAUGUGAAGAACAACAAGCUUAGCUACAACCAAGACCAAUAUAGUAGCAGCGUUGGAGUCGUCUCUGUUAAUCCAAAACCUAACAAUGGCCUCUCUUCGAAGCUCCUCGACUGGUUCGAGAGCCUCGUCGUUAAGCUCAUGCACGGCUCUUCUUCCACUCAUCCUACUCACCACUUUCUCUCCGGUAACUAUGCUCCGGUUCCCAAUGAAACUCCUCCGGUCAACGACCUCCCUGUCACCGGCCACCUUCCGGAGUGCUUAAAUGGAGAGUUUGUUCGAGUGGGUCCAAAUCCCAAGUUUGCUCCACUAGCUGGAUUUCACUGGUUUGAUGGAGAUGGAAUGAUUCAUGGUUUGCGCAUUAAGGAUGGAAGAGCAACAUAUGUGUCUCGUUAUGUUAGAACUUCACGUAUUACACAAGAACACUUCUUUGGAGGUCCCAAAUUCAUGAAGAUUGGAGACCUGAAAGGGCUUUUUGGGUUACUCAUGUUGAACAUACAAAUGCUCAGAUCAAAACUCAAAGUGUUAGAUCUUUCAUAUGGAAAUGGAACAGCUAAUACAGCUCUUACAUAUCACCAUGGGAAACUCCUAGCACUGUCAGAGGUAGACAAACCAUAUGUCAUUAAAGUGUUGGAAGAUGGAGAUCUGCAAACUCUUGGCCUGUUGAAUUAUGACAAGAGAUUGACUCAUUCAUUCACAGCACAUCCAAAGGUUGAUCCAUUUACAGGAGAGAUGUUUACAUUUGGGUAUGCACAUACUCCUCCUUACAUCACUUACAGAAUUAUUUCCAAAGAUGGUUUCAUGCAUGAUCCAGUUACUAUAACAGUAUCAGACCCCAUCAUGAUGCAUGACUUUGCCAUUACUGAAAAUUAUGCCAUUUUCAUGGAUCUUCCCAUGUUUUUCAGACCAAAGGAAAUGGUGAAGGAAAACAAGCUGAUAUUCUCAUUUGACACCACCAAAAAUGCUCGAUUUGGUGUGCUUCCACGGUAUGCAAAGGAUGAGCUUCUGAUCAAAUGGUUUGAGCUUCCAAAUUGCUUCAUAUUCCAUAAUGCCAAUGCUUGGGAGGAGGAAGAUGAUGAGGUUGUUAUGAUCAGUUGUCGUAUUGAGAACCCUGAUUUGGACAUGUACAGUGGGGGUAUCAAAGAAAAGCUUAACAUAAAUGCUUCUCUAUAUGAGAUGAGAUUCAACAUGAAAACUGGUCUAGCUUCCCAAAGACAACUUUCAGCAUCAGCUGUAGAUUUUCCUAGGGUGAAUGAGAGCUACAUUGGCAGGAAACAACGAUAUGUGUAUGGAACCAGAUUUGACAACCUUGCAAAAGUGACAGGAAUUGUGAAGUUUGAUCUACAUGCUGAGCCAGAGAGUUCUGGUAAAACAUGCUUAGAGGUUGGUGGAAAUAUUCAAGGCAUGUAUGAUCUUGGACCUGGUAGAUUUGGCUCAGAAGCUAUAUUUGUUCCCAAGGUUCCUGGAGUCAAUUCUGAAGAAGAUGAUGGCUACCUAAUAUUCUUUGUUCAUGAUGAGAAUUCUGGAAAAUCAAAGGUUCAUGUGAUUGAUGCAAAGACAAUGUCGGAAGAUCCCAUUGCUGUAAUUGAUUUGCCUUGUAGAGUUCCCUAUGGAUUUCAUGCCUUCUUUGUCAGUGAGGAACAACUACAAGAACAAGCAAAACCCUGAGCUGUAAAUCUUCAUCUACUCGAAGUUUCGACCAAAGAAUCUAUUAUUUUCACAUUAAGCUUGCAAAAAUAGUAUAUAAUAUUUGUAAGAGUAAUUGGUGAAAAUAACCUCUUUUUUGAAGUCAUUUUGCACUUUGGUCUAGUUUUGAUAAAUUUUUGCAAAAUGGUCUCUGUCUAAAAUUUCGACUAGCUGUCUAGAGUGUCAGAGAUCAUUUUGCAAUUUUUGCAAAAUAACUUCAAAAAAUAGGCAAUUUUUCUAGGAGACUCUAUUUGAAAUGGA